UUUAUAAACCGCGGAUAGCAGUAAGCUAACAGCCCCCGAGGGCAGUCGCGUGUCUUCUGGGUGUGAAUCGCUGGAUAAAGUGUCUAAAAUACCCGCCGGCUAAAGGGGAGACAUCUCCGUUACGGAGAAAGGCUACAAUCUCUCAGCCGGGGGGAGGGAGAGAGAGACCGGUUUACACCCAGUGUUGUUUUGACACACCGGACAUUGAGACGGAAAACGACGCGCAGACGGGGACCUAGUGAGCGGUGCUAUGGCGCGGGACUACGAUUACCUCUUUAAGCUGCUCAUCAUCGGCGACAGCGGUGUGGGAAAAAGCAGCCUACUGCUGAGGUUCGCAGACAACACGUUUUCAGGUAGCUACAUUACCACCAUCGGCGUGGACUUUAAGAUCAGGACAGUGGAGAUAAAUGGAGAGAAGGUGAAGCUGCAGAUUUGGGACACAGCGGGACAGGAACGGUUCCGUACCAUCACUUCAACGUAUUACCGAGGCACACAUGGUGUGAUUGUGGUCUAUGAUGUGACAAGUGCAGAGUCCUUUGUAAACGUCAAACGAUGGCUUCAUGAAAUCAACCAGAACUGCGACGAUGUUUGUCGAAUAUUAGUGGGUAAUAAGAACGAUGACCCCAACUCCAAGGUAGUGGAGACAGCCGACGCACAGAAGUUCGCCGAGCAGAUGGACAUCCGGCUGUUUGAAACUAGCGCUAAAGAGAACGUCAACGUGGAGGAUAUGUUUAACUGCAUUACCGAGCUGGUUCUCAGGGCGAGGAAAGAGACCAUGGCCAAGCAGCAGCAGCAACAGCAGAGUGAAGUGGUCAAACUCGGCAGGAACAGCAAACGCAAGAAGAAGUGCUGCUAACAGAUCGGAGUUGUAGCGCUACACUCUCAGAGCCAACUAAACAUGCCACUGAACUGACAAGAGCCAGAGAACAGCCACACAGCGCAGCAUCCCGAGAGAGACGAGCCAAAUCAAAUCGACAGAGAUGUAUCUAUAUAGAAAUCUACUAAUUAAAUUUUUUUUCCUGAUUUUCUAUUUACACACACAACAGACUUAGGAUUGGAUUUAGGUGGCUACCACAAUGACCUGUAAAGGAGAAAUGUGCGAAGUCUGUAAUCUUGCCAGCCCUCAGAUUAACACCCAUUUUGAACCCCAUUGACACGAUGGUAUCUCAUCUGCUCAAUUUUCUUUUGCGUCAUCUAGACAAGAAUGUGCCAUUUGACACAAAUGAGGAUGACAAUGAUGAAGAACCAUGCUGCUUUCUUCUUGAGAGCUCCUCAUGAUUUAUCAAUUCACAGGAAGUCUAGCCUGGACCAAACGCUCAUCUCCCCACCAAUCCCUCAGAGAUUAAAUAUUUUUUGCUCAUAUUUUUAUUUUUAUUUUUUCAUUUUGCUUGUUGUUGUGCAUUCAAUUUUUUUUUUUUUUAAACUAACAAAAUAUACCACUGUAAUCAGUCACAGGGGAUUUUGGUGCCACCAUCCGGACCUUUUUGCUCUUACAGUGCCGAAGGAAAUUACUGGACCUCAGUGCAGUGAAAUAACUGAACUCGUAUAUGGAAAAGGGAUAACUGUAUUCAGACAUGCACACUGUAGUGUUAUUGGGAGAUUCGUAUCAACAUCCUUAAAUUUCACUCGCCUGCUUUACCUGGACUCGGGUGUGAUGACAAAUUGGCCAAGUGGCCAAACAAUCAGCUACCGGUCAUUACGAAAUCCAGGACAAGCUUUGGAACUGAAGACGCUUCUUCUGUUAGAUAAAGAUAUCAGCGAUAGAGUGGAAUAUCUUUAGUAACGAGAAAAGUCAUUGAAGACUGAUGUUGAUAAUAUGUUCAUUCUGACCUGUUUAUUCUCGCUCCUUUAAUCGUUUCAGAAAACAGCAGAAACAGUUGCCAAAUCCAGGUGAAUGUUUAUACAAGAUUCAUGUAUUCAAAUGUCAAGGAAUACCUGUAUAACUAGCAGGUGUAUUUAGGACACACACCCCCUCUUUGCAUAUUACAUCGUCGUAACCCAACUCUGAUUGGAAGGCACAGAGUUUAACAGAAAAACAAACCCGAUCAUGUUUAGACACACAUAUGAAACGGCAGACAGCACAGGGAAGUUCAAACAAACUUCUCAAGCACCAAGUUAGCAGAACGUGAGCCGUGAACGUGCGCGUGCAUAUCACUGUUGUAAUCUACACAAUGUACAUAUACAAACACGCAUAUCCGUAGGCGAACAUCAGCCUGUGUGAGUUUUAUAUAUGUGUAAGUUUGAUGAUCUGGUGUGCACUGGAAAAAAAAACCCAACAACGAUAUUUUGCCACUCAUUCAUUUUGUUCGCUUCAUCAUGAAAUUAACCGAUGAUAAUAAACAUUUUAAAUGAA